CCGUGAGGCCGCGUCAUGGCGGAGGAGUGGGCCCCGCAGCUGGUGGACUACUUCGUGGUGGCCGGCUUGGUGGACACCUCCAAACCGCUGGAAGAUGACACCCAGGGGUCUCGUCCGGCCCGCCCGAGCGAGCCCAUUGUGGACGUCGCGGUUAUCGUCCGCUCGCAAGGCGAAGAGGUCCCUCAAGGUUUCACCUGUAUCGACCGUACCACCUCGGGGCACCCUGUGGAGCUCAACACCAGCCUCCUCAACAACCCCCAGAUGUUCGUUUGCUACCGGCGGGGGCGGGAUAAGCCCCCCAUCGUGGAAUUGGGGGUGCAUUAUGGGGGGAAGGACCAGCCCAAAGCGGGCUACAAAAUUGUCGACACCACGCCCUACAGCCACUCGGCCAACCUGGCCUCGGGUGCGCCCGGACACCAGCACACCUUCCUGACGUAUCGGCGGGCCAGCGAGGGGCAGGCGUUCAGCGCCUUGGGGAUCACGGACAUCUGCCUUAUCAUGCCCAGCAAAGGGGAGAGCACGCCGCACACUUUCUGCCGGGUGGACCGGAACCUCAACGCCGGGAUGUGGGGACCUGCCCUCUACAUCUGCUACAAGAUGGCGCUCGCCCAAGGAAACACCCUUGUCUACGAAGCAGGUCUCCUCAGCCGCUUCCCGGAGGAGGACAACGAGGUGUUCCCACUCCCCGAAUCGGUGCCCGUCUUCUGCCUUCCCAUGGGGGCCACCAUCGAAAGCUGGCCGGCUGACACCAAGUACAAUCUCCCCGUUUUCUCCACCUUCGUGUUGACCGGCGCCUCGGGGGACAAGGUAUACGGGGCCGCCAUGCAGUUUUACGAGUCCUUUCCCCGAGAGCGCCUCACCGACCGGCAGUCCAUGUGUCUCAACCUCCUCACCGUGGUGGACCGGCGCCCCAUCACCAACAAGUCCAUCCAGACGCGGAAGAGCAUCUGCGUUUUGUCUCACUGGCCGUUCUUCGACGUCUUCCGCAAAUUCCUCACCUUCAUCUACCGUUACAGCAUCUCCGGACCCCACGUCCUGCCCAUCGAGGCGCAUAUUUCUCACUUCAUGCACAACGUUCCUUUCCCGUCCCCGCAGAGACCUCGGAUCUUGGUCCAGAUGUCCCCCUACGACAACCUGCUCUUGUGCCAACCUGUGUCGUCCCCGUUACCCCUCAGUGGGGCCAGCUUUCUCACCCUCCUGCAGACCGUGGGGCCCGAACACGCCGUGGCCCUGAUGGUGGCUGUGCUCACCGAACAGAAGCUCCUCAUCCAUUCGCUGCAGCCGGACGUAUUGACCAGCAUCGGAGAAGCUUUGGUCUCGAUGAUUUUCCCCUUGCGCUGGCAGUGCCCCUACAUCCCUCUCUGCCCCCUCACCUUGGCAGACGUGCUGUGCGCCCCGGUGCCCUUCAUCGUGGGCCUCCACUCCAGCUACUUCGACCUCUACGACCUGCCGCAUGACGUCAUGUGCGUGGACCUCGACACCAACACCAUCUUCCAUGUAUAACCGUCCGGUCGAGGAGGCUUCCUUGGAAUUCCUGCUGACCGACUACGACGUCAUCUAUGGACGCCGGAAACAGCUGGAGCUGGACAUCCGAGGGGCGUUCCUACGAUUCAUGGCUUGUCUGUUGAAAGGCUACCGUGGAUACCUCCGGCCCAUCACCCAGGCUCCCUCGGAGAAAACCCGAGAUUCGAGCAGUCUCUUUUUCCUGCAAGGUUUCCUGAAGUCCCGCGAACGGGCCUACCACAAAUUCUACGGACAGCUUUUACGGACGCAGCUCUUCACUCAGUUCAUCGAGGAAUGUUCUUUCGUCAGCGACCGCCACGCUUGCCUGGAGUUUUUCGAUUCCUGCGUCGACAAGGUCCAAGUGGACUUGGAGAAACCCGAGGAAGCUCCUUUGAUUGAACUCGAUGACACCCAGGGCAGCGAGCACACCGUUUUUAUUAUGCCCCCCGAGGAACCCACCGGGCCCAACGGAAUGGAGCUAGUGCCAUCGUACAAAUACGAUAGCUUCCCGAUGCUCCAGACCAAGCUUUUUCAGCGGGACCAACUUAUGCCCUCCCUGUGCCAAGCCCGAACCAGUGCCCCCAGCAGCCCUGCUCCUCGCCGCACCCAGCAGGAAAUUAAGGUGGCCCAGAAAGUCGCGCAGAAAUAUUCUUCCAUGCCGGAUAUGUGGGCUAAAUGCCUGCUUGGUCACUGCUACGCACUCUGGUUUAUCACACUGCCCGCCUACGUCCGAAUGGCGACCUCGAAGGUACAAGCGCUGCAUGUCGCCUACGAGGUGCUGAAACAGAUGGAGACCAAGGAAGUCGUCUUGCCAGACGAGGUGUGUUACCGUACUCUGAUGCAGCUGUGCGGCCAAUACGGGGAGCCGAUACUCUCCGUCCAGGUCAUGCUGGAAAUGAAACGAGCCGGGAUCGUCCCCAACACCAUUACCUACGGCUAUUACAACAAGGCCAUUUUGGAGUGUAAGUGGCCGUCCAGUAGCCAAGGAGGCCGCCUUCGCUGGGCCAAACUGCGGAACGUCGUCCUCGGGGCCGCCCAGUUCCGGCAGCCCCUGCGCCAGCGCCAGCGGGACGCAGACUCACAGAGCCUCAGCCCUUCAGCAGGUACAAUUGUGAAAACAGGCAAGGCUCAAUUUAUCCCCCACCCAGAACACGACCUCUCCAGCCAACAGGCUUUAAGGUGGGGGAACUACAACUCCCAGAAUUUUCCAGCAAGCAUGCUUUAA